AUAAGUCAGAGCCCGUAUCUCGACAACUCCAUUUUGAAUUUGCUCUUUCUGAGGGAAGCAUCUUCUGUUUCUUAUCCUGCGCAGGAAAAUGCUAGCAACCAUGCUGAGGGUUUUGGCCACUCUGACAGCAGUUCUAGGUCUUGUGAAGGGUGUGACUGUGACCAUGCCAAAGGGUCCUGUGAAUACAACAGUGGGUGCCAACGUCACUCUUCCUUGCACGUAUAACCCAGCAUCCACUCCUAAUAUAAUUGAAUGGAAUUUUCAACGUGAUGCACAGAGUUUUGGACCGUCAACAUGCCUUUAUAGGGGUGAAAAAUCUGAGAGUCAUUGUGAAAAGACUGUGUCUAUCACAGAUGCACGGGGAAGAUGUAGCGGGAUUCAGAAGGUAAGAACAUGAAAUCUAUAAGAAUAA